CGAAUAUCGAAUUUACCCAUACCUAGAAAAGAUUCUCUCAAAAUAUUUUGCAGGUGUAGACUUUUACGCGCGUCUGCGGUUUAGGUGAUAUUGAGAAAUACUUUUACUUGAAACUAUGUCUGAUUCAGACGAACUUAAAUCCAGCGAUCAGGAUAAAGACUUUGUUAACGAUGUGUCAUAUAAUAAAGAUGACUUGCUCAGUGGGGAACUAAUUAUUGAAGAGUCCGAAAAUGAAAGUUCUGAAGAAAGUAUUAUUAUUCGAAAACGCAGUAGCAAUGGCUCCAAAAAAACGCGUGCUGUGAUUCCGUCGGAGUCCGAAGAAGACGAUGAUGAGUUCGAGAGACGGGCCCUAUCACCGCGCACUCGGAUGAGUAUCACUGGUGUGAGGCCAUCGGAUCUUUCUGAUUCUAGCGAAAUUGAGUACUCCGACACAAAAUCAGAAAUAGCUGGGGUUUCACCGGAAAGAUGUGGAAAAGUGCAGGAUCUGGAAAAAACCACGUUUCAAGAUAAAACCAUAUAUUUUAGAACCCCGAGUACUGAAAAUAAAAAUUCUUUCCUUCACCGUUCGGUCUCUGAACAAAAUGUAAAAGAAUAUUAUGUCGGAGAAAUGGAAAAAAGUGAUAGCUAUGUGUGUGAAAGCAGCCCGGAAAUUACAGAAACCACAAAAGCACCUGACCCUAUUUCUGCCACUCCAAUUAAUCAUAGGAUUGAACGGUUUGGUGCCGGAGCCGAAUCGCCUUUGAGCUCCGCCAGAUAUAGUAUUCAAUUUGAAAAAGCCAUUAAAGAUAAGUUAUCAUCUACCAUGUAUCAGCCAAGUUUAAAUGAUACAUAUCGCUCCCAAGGAGAUGCCUCUGAUGAAAGUGAUGUCCAAGUGAUUAGCUUAAAGGAGAAAGCAAUAGAAAUCGGAAGCAGUAGUGAUGAAAGUAAUGCAGAAAAUUUAUUGCCAGAAGUCAACAUGCCCAACUACAAAAAAGCCGAGCUGGUUAGACCUAGCCCUUAUUUAUGGCAACCGAAUAUUUUAACUAAGUUAGAUGCAAACCAUGCAGUUGGAUCUACGGUUAAAAGUAAAGACACAACCAGUCCUAAGCAGCUUGUCUCGAAAGAGUACUUUGACAAAGAAUUAAAGAAGCUCCAAGAACUAAAAAUCGAGCUACAAAGUGCCGAAAAAUUACUUGAGAAAAUAUCAAGUAGUUUACCUGAUGGAGGAUGGCAGCUUUCUCUACGAAUUGAACGCUUACGCAAUGAUGUUCAUAUUAAGUCCCAAUAUCUGAGUACCCUUAAAAUAGAAGAUGACGGCAUAUCAAGCUCUUCCCAACCGGAGGUACAACAUCAAAAAGACCCACUUAGCUGGGAAGAUCUUUCAAAAGCUGUUAAUCAAAUGCAACCCACGCACACGGGAAAACAAGGUCUUGCCACAUUUAAUGCUCAACGGGAAUUAACAGUGGAAUGCCUUAAGGAUAUUCAUAGCUCAUUGAAAACAUGCCCUGCCGAAAAUGUACUUGCUGAUGACCCUAUUGGCUUACGAAUAAAUCUUAUGGAUCACCAGAAACAUGCACUUGCUUGGAUGACUUGGAGAGAAAAUCAGAAACCGCGUGGAGGAAUUCUUGCUGAUGAUAUGGGCUUAGGAAAGACACUAACUAUGAUAUCAUUAGUACUUGCUUCAAAACACUGUUCAGAGGCGGAAGAAGCGAACGAAAGUGACGAGGCGAGUGAUUCAGAAAAAGAAAAUCGAGGGUGGACAUCAAAAGGUCGACGAGACUUCUAUCCGGGGGGAACUUUAGUUAUUUGCCCUGCGAGCUUAGUACGUCAAUGGGAAGCAGAAGUUGAUAGCAAAGUUAAACGCCACAAGCUAACUGUAUGUGUUCAUCACGGUAACAACCGCGAUACCAAGCCGAAACACCUUCGCACAUAUGACAUUGUUGUCACUACGUAUAACAUUGUAUCCCGUGAGCAAAAGUCUCAAGGUGCUCUAUUUGGAAUAAAAUGGCAGCGGAUAAUUCUUGACGAGGCGCAUGUGGUACGCAACCAUAAAGCGCAAAUGUCAAUAGCUGUGUGUGCACUACGUGGAAAAUACAAAUGGGCCCUAACGGGUACUCCAAUUCAAAAUAAAGAAAUGGAUGCAUAUGCACUAAUAAAAUUUUUGCGUUGUUCUCCUUUUGAUGAGCUACCCCAUUGGAAAAAGUGGAUUGAUAACAAAAGUGCUGGAGGACAACAGCGUUUAAAUGCUCUAAUGAAAACGCUAAUGCUUCGACGAACUAAAGUAAUGCUUCAAGAGAGAGGAGCGCUACAAUGCUUGCCAGAAAAAAGUACAGAACUGAUCGAAGUAUACUUGGAUAAAGAUGAGAUGAAUGUAUAUCAAAAAAUUAUGGUUUACUCACGCACGUUAUUUGCACAGUUUUUAUUACAAAGAGCAGAACGCAAUACUGAUUAUAUGUACAAAGAAGACAGUAACCGUCCUACAAUUGUGCAGACCAAGGAUCCGAACGGUGCGUAUUACAAGGUACAUGAGAAAUUCACCAAACUGCAUCGUGGGCAAAAGGAUGUGAAAUCACAUGAAAUUUUAGUGCUAUUGUUAAGGUUACGGCAAAUCUGUUGUCAUCCAGGACUUAUUGAUUCGAUGCUCGACGAUAGCGACAGCCCUGAGAAUACGGAAGGUGACAGUGAAGAUGAAAAGUUAAAAAUUGAUUUACUUGAGCAGUUGAACAAGUUAGCAAUUAAUGACAGUUCUGAAAAUCGGAGUUUAGAAGGCGAUGAAGGGCUUAAGCCUGAGGAAGAAGUUAUUGCGAAGGCUUCAGCGAAAGUGUUGCAACGUAAUAAUCCAGUGUUCAAUAUAAAUCGACCCUCUUCUAAAAUUAAAAAGGUUCUCGAAAUUUUAAAAGAGCAUGUACUCAAUAGAGAUGACAAAGCAAUUAUAGUCUCACAGUGGACAAGCGUUCUUAAUAUACUGAAAACGCAUUUGCAGCAACAGGGUAUACGUACGUUGUCCCUUAAUGGAACUAUUCCUGUUAAAAACCGUCAAGGAAUUGUUACAGAGUUCAAUAACGCCAAUAAUGACAAGCGUAUUCUUCUCCUUUCACUGACGGCAGGAGGAGUUGGAUUAAAUUUGGUCGGCGCUAACCACUUGUUAAUGAUCGACUUGCAUUGGAAUCCCCAAUUAGAGGCACAAGCCCAAGACCGAAUAUAUCGUGUCGGGCAAAAGAAAAAUGUGGUUAUUUAUAAAUUCAUGUGCAAGGACACUGUGGAAGAACGAAUAAGAGCUCUGCAGGAGCAUAAAAUGUCAAUAGCAGAUGGUGUACUUACAGGGGCACGUUCAUCGGAGGGUAGCAAACUUACUAUGGAAGAUCUUAGAGGUCUUUUUGGCAUGUAAUAAGUAUUUCCACAAACAGUCUGUAUUUGUAUGUCAGUAUUUUUUAAAACGCAAAUAAACUCAUAUAUAAACGUUAA